AUGAAUCCCACAUGGGCUUUGGGACCCGGGGGUGAUCCGGCCGCAGGUGGUGACAGCACUGCUGUGCAGGGUGAGCAGCCGAGCGUGAAGGACAUCCAAGCAACAACCCGUGCUUUUGCUGUCAUUCGUGCCGAUGGUUCUGCAGUGUCCUGGGGAAAUCCGAACUAUGGUGGUGACAGCACUGCUGUCAAAGAAAAGCUAAGGAAAGUGCAACACAUCCAAGCAUCACAUUCUGCUUUUGCUGCCAUUCUUGCCGACGGCUCCGUCGUGACCUGGGGACAUCGGCACUCAGGUGGUGACAGCUCUGCUGUGCAAGAUGAGCUAGAGAACGUGCAGCAAAUCCAAGCAUCAUACAAUGCAUUUGCUGCCAUUCUUGCCGAUGGCUUCGUCGUGACCUGGGGAGAUCCGGACUAUGGUGGUGACAGCACUGCUGUCAAAAGCAAGCUAAGGAACGUGCAACACAUCCAA